UGAUUGUUUACACGAUGGGAUAAGAGGCGGGGAGAACAUUGCUGGAACCACUGCCCCUGAGACGUUAGGCCAGACGUAUAGAUUGAUGUGUUCAGUGGUGGUGUAGUGUACGUCUAAGGUCUCACCCUGGGUAAUUCCACGAGACCAAGAUGUCAAAGAGAGCUCUUGAUGAGGGGGGCUCCAGCUCGGCACCCCCAACCAAAAACCUUAAGGUGCAGUUUGAACCCAUUCAGUUGGGCUCAAUUUCUACUCUCGACGAGAUGGACAUGAAAACUCUUCGCUUCCAGAACCACAAGCUUUAUCAGCGAUUAGAGCAAAGAAAAAGAAUAGAAGACGAGCUCCGAAGUCGAAUAGAGCAGUUGGAGAAGCGGCAAACUCAAAGUGACGAUGUGCUGACCGUCAUUAACCGUUACUGGAAUCAGUUCAAUGAAGAUAUCCGACUCAUGUUGCAGCGUUUUGAUGCCGAGACCGCUGAUGAGGCUGAAACAAGAAAUGAAAGUGAGGCUACUACUUCCUUUUUGACACAGCUGUCAACCUGGGACAGAGAAGAAUUAGAUGAGAAAUUGGUCAACAGGGUACAGGUGUCUAAGCGUGCAGUGGCCAAAAUUGUGCAAGCUUUUGACCGCUUGCAUCAACGAAAUGAGAAGGUUGCACGGGCACUCAAGGGGGAAGGACUGGAAGGAGAGCCCCCGCCUGUGUUGGAAGAAAGUGUUCGGGAAUUAAAUUCGGAGCUUCAAACGGAGAACAAGAAUCUCCAUGCUCAAAAUCUUUCAUUUCAUGAAAAACAUCAUCUCAUGUGUCUCAAGGUAGCAGAACUGGAAGAAAAGCUCCAAGCUAUGGAUACAGAAAAGGCAGAGAUGCAGAACCGCUUUGAGGAUAUGGAAUAUGAUUUAAAUAAGACACGGUCACGCUGUGAAAAGGUAGAAAGUCACCUGGCCGAUACCUGCCAAAAGCUGAAGGCGAUGCAAGAUGAGUGUGGUGUCAAUCCUACGGGUAAUGCCAAAGGAGGGGAGGUCUUGCCAGGUGGUGGCAAGAUCACUUCCUCCAUUUCAUCUAAAAAAAUGGAAGAGUUAAACAGCGAGUUGGAAGAGCUACGGGAACUGAGUGCUAAACGACUAGAUGAACUAGAGAAGAAAACAAAUGAGCACAAGGAAGCACUUAAGGAAGUUGAAAGGUUGAAGAUGGACUUGCGGCAGUUACCGGAAAGUGUAAUAGUAGAAACAACAGAAUACAAAUGUCUACAGUCCCAGUUCUCUGUGUUAUACAAUGAUUCCAUGCAGCUUAAGACUCAGUUAGAAGAAACAAGACAUCAGUUACAAAAUAGCAAAAAUGCCCACUUACGCCAGAUUGAACAGAUGGAGAGCGAGGAACUAACUAUUCAAAAGAAAUUACGCGCUGAGGUUAUUCAGCUUGAAGACAUGCAAGCCCAGGUGCGUAAGGAGUACGAGAUGUUGAGAAUAGAAUUUGAGCAGAACCUUGCUGCAAACGAACAAACGGGACCCAUUAACAGGGAAAUGAGGCACCUUAUCACCUCCUUGCAGAACCACAUCACACAAUUGAAAGGGGAGAUUCAUCGCUAUAAGCGAAAAUACAAGGAAUCUGCCACAGAGAGUAGUAAGCUGAAACGAGAAGUGGAAGACUUGCACCAGAAGCUGGCCGUCAGACAGCGGAGUGCAAGUGUGAGCGAGCGUCAAGACAGUGUCAGUAGUGACCGAGGUGAUGGAGGGAAGGAACAGAUGGUUAAGGAGGAAGGAAGCGAGUCGUGUGAUUCUUCAGGUCCUCCAACAUCCUCAAACCUGCAGUCGAAUAUGCCAUCUGGUGGAGGAGCUGGUGGGGACGACAAGACAGCUGAAGGCAUGGAUAUAAAGAAGGAAGAUGGUGACGAAGAAUCUAAGGAUAAUGAGGAUGGUGACAAGAAAGAUGACAAGAUCAAAAAGGAGAUCAAGAAAGAAGGGAAAGAUGGAAAAGAUGGAGGCGGUGGGAAGCAGGGUGGGGCUGCUGCUCCAGCCAAGGACUCGAGGGAGAGUGAAAUUAUCCGUAACUUGAAAUCUGAACACAAGAAAGCUGUUAAUGACUAUCGAGAGUUGAAGCUAUUGUUAGAUAUGUACAAAGGUGUGGGAAAGGAGCAGCGUGAUAAGGUUCAGCUUAUGGCAGCGGAGAAGAAGGCUCGGCAAGAAGUAGAAGACCUUAAGGCACAGGUUAAGAAACUCCAGGAGAGCAAGCGUGAAGAAAGAAAGAAAUUAGCUGAUGAAGAGGCCAUUCGCAAGAUCAAGCAAUUAGAAGAAUCUGUUCAUCAGCUUCAGAGACAAGUUGCUGUUCAAAAACAGGAAGAAGAAACGUUAUUGAAUGAGAUGGAAGUGACGGGACAGGCCUUCGAAGAUAUGCAGGAGCAAAAUAUACGCCUAAUUCAGCAGUUAAGAGAAAAGGACGAUGCCAAUUUUAAACUUAUGUCGGAGAGGAUUAAAUCGAAUCAAAUUCACCAGCUGGCUAAUGAAGAACGUAAUGUUUUGCAAGAACAGACAAAUACACUUACAACUCAAGUGGAAGCGCAAAACCAGGUUGUUCGGAAGUUAGAGGAGAAGGAACGCUUAUUACAGAACAAUCUGACAACCGUUGAGAAAGAGCUCACCCUCCGUCAACAAGCUCUGGAGAUGCACAAACGCAAGGCCAUAGAAUCUGCUCAGUCUGCUGCAGAUCUAAAGCUACAUUUAGAGAAGUACCAUGCACAGAUGAAGGAGGCACAGCAAGUGGUAGCCGAGAAGACGAUGGCUUUAGAGCAAGAAGCUUUUAAAUAUAGAAGAGUUCAGGAAGAAAUUGCAAGUUUGCGGCGUAAGGUAGAAAGAGCGAAGAAGUUUGAGAUGGUUGAUCGAGCUGAUGAAGUUUUAAUGGAGGAGAUACGAGAUUAUAAAGACACACUCACCUGCCCAUCUUGCAAAGUUAAAAGAAAGGAUGCAGUACUGGUAAAGUGCUUCCAUGUGUUUUGCUUUGACUGCCUGCGUACACGGUAUGAGACAAGGCAGAGGAAGUGUCCCAAGUGUAACGCAGCCUUCGGAGCAAAUGACUACCAUCGUUUAUAUCUGACGUAAUUUUGAUAAAUGUAAGAAAUGUUAGAAGUUUUGCAGUUAGGCCUAAGCUUUAUAUUCCAUAUGUUCUGACAAUUUGUAUGGAUUAAAUGUUAUUGAGAUUUA